AUGUCACAGCAGGCGACCCCACAACAAAUUACACAGCAGUUCGCUACAUUGACCAAGCACCGUGACCAAUGUCUCAAUGCUGUCAAACAACUCCGCAAUGAGGUUUUCGAUGUGCAUCGCAAAAUAUGGCCUGGCCUAGGCAGCGAAGGUGAAUCAUUGGAAAAACAUCGGAAAUACGUUGAAGAAAAAGUGGAAUUGAUCUGUCAACUAUACGAAAAGUUGGAGAAUCAUGCAAGGAAUAUGCCGUCUUCAACACCCGUUACCUCGCAAGUGGAACGGUUGAAUCGACUGCUAAACGAUGCACAUAUCGAUCCGUAUAUAAGUGAUUUGUAUGACAAUUUGUUGGACGCGUCUGUUUGGACGGAAACAAAUAUUCAAUUCCUACAAUUACUCGCAGAAUUUCUGCGAACGGUAGCCGGUGGACGACGGAGAUCGAUAAUGAUCGACAAAACAAUAUCGUUCUCAAACUUCACAUCCGAAACAUCACCACAAAUCAUUUUCGAACGGACACUGGCUACAGCUCUACGAGAUCCGAAUAACCAGAAGAUGGUUCAAAGUAAAUAUUUAGAGAGGAGCACUCUCUCGGCUGUUGUUGAGUUUAAAUUUGGUCAAUUUGUUGAUAAGCAGUUCGUUUGCCUCUUGAAGAUGUUAAUUGUUGUAAAUAAUGGAUCAUUUGAAUUCGUACAAAUUUAUGCACCUCACGAGGAAUGGAAUUAUAUUGAUGUGAACCAAAAACAGGUUGAUGUGUUGAAAGAGAGUCGUUAUAUGGUGUAUCGAAAGAUGAGUGUUCAAGCGAAUAUUCAUCUGAUGCAAACGAUCAUACCGUGUAUCGAUAUACGAAAUCCACAAACACUUUCCUUUAUUCUCAAUGUGUUUCGUAAAUUCGCUGAAGUUUUUGAAGUGAAAUGUCGAUAUUGCAACAAAGUGAUGAAAGAUUUCCUGCCGCCGUUGAUGUUUGACCCGCGAAAUCUGAAAACAGCUUUACAUGAAUCUUGUCGAUGA